AUGACGAGCAUCGAAGAAUCAGAGGUCAGUUUAGAGGUGUACUAAGCGAACUAAUGGCAUAAUAAGCAUACUAGAGUCACACUAAGCGUCAUAGGGAUUUUACAGAAGCCUGGCGGAAAGCCGUCGUUUAUCUACUGCAGUGGGACAGCCGGAGUUGGGAAGACGUUUGUCAUCGAUUGCAUAGCGGAUGCUGUUCAACUCAAAUAUGGUGAUGAUUCUGACGCUUCUUCAAAACCGGCUGUCUUGCUUGGAGCUCCAACUGCACUGACUGCUAUUUUAAUCAGAGGACAGACGUUACAUUCGCUCUUCGGAAUACAAGUGAGUUUAGUACUUUCGAUGCCUUCCCAUGUAAUGCUUUCAGGUAAAAAACGGCACCGAAGCUGGCUACGAACCACUACGCGAUGACCAGCGCGACUUACGAAGAUCACUCUUCGCGAAGAUCAAAGUCAUUAUAAUCGAUGAAAUAUCGAUGUGUGGUGCAGUUAUGCUUGCCAAAAUCAACAACAGACUGAGAGAAAUAAAGAUUCACAACCAGCAAUUUGGAGCAGUGAACAUUGUUGUCUUUGGAGACAUGUUACAACUACCUCCAGUUCAGGCUCUGCCAGUUUUCACCGAUGUGCUAAUCUCUACUCAGAUAGCUGUGAACAUUUGA